AAGUUCUGUAAGCAAUAAACAUUUGUGUAGACAGAAAAUGUGUCAAAACUUCGUUUUUACUAAAAAAAAAAAAUAUGAAAAUCUUUUUAUAAUGCGAAGUGUCAAAAACAUUGAAUAAUUAAAAAAAUAUUUCUUCACUUUUUGCACUAGAUUUAUACAUAAAACUAAGUUUAUACCACUUUUUGCGGUUUGGGCUUAGUAAAGUUGUGAAACAGUGCAGGGUCGGAGCACCAAAAGUGCUGAGUCAAGCUUCAGUCAGCUUUUCUGUUUAACUUGCAACCAAUGGUGGCAACGCUACGCCCAUGACGUCGAAUUCUCUGAUUGGCUGAGAUAUCCGUCUAGACCAAUCGGUGAAUACUUCUAGGUUCUGUUUAAGGACCUGCGUGCGACCAGUAAAUCUACAAAUAAUGAACAAACCUUUUUAAAAUUUCCAAUUAAAAGCAUUAAUAAAUCGUUAAAUUUGAUUACGUUCUGUUAACAAUAGAUAAGAUGUAUUAAAAAAAAAUAAUAAUAAAAAAGCACCAUUAAAACUUCUUAUUUAAAUAUUACCCCCAAAAAGCUUUGGGUUUUUGUUAUAAUUUUCCUACAAUUUUACGUUUUAUAAACAACUUAUUUUGACAUUUGACAAAAAUUCGUUCAAUUGUAAUUUAAUGAAGAAUAUUGUCCAUUUUAGUUGGAUAAUAAAACGUAGGAUUUUGAAAAAUAAAUAAAGUAACCGUAGAUGACUUUUGAUUCCGUAGUUCAUUGAACUCAGCACGAAGAUUCACGUGUGUUACAUUCAAAACCCACCGGUGAAUCAGUAUGGGGGAAAAAAUUCUGGAUGAAGUGAUGAUUAACUCUGCUCUGGUUAAAGAACUGGCGGAUGUGGCAAAAGAUGAAGCGCUCCUACAGGGGGUCCUGAUGAGGAUCCAGGAGAGCCCCAACUCAUCUGAGUUGGUCACCUACGCCCCGUUCACGCUCUUCCCCUCACCUGUGCCCAAAGCCAUCUUCCUCCAGUCUCUGGAAGUCCAGCCUCACUUCAACACACUUGUGGACAAAAUCAGUCAGGACACAGACUUCCUGCAAGAGGCUCUAGCAAACACCAUUGAGGUGGACGACUUCACUGCCAGGUUAUUCAGGAUCCACCAGAAGAUCCUCGAAGAGGGACGGUCUCAGGAGAUCGUGUUAGGACUCAACCGCUCUGAUUACAUGCUGGAUCAGAGCGGAGACGGGGCGUCCGCGCUGAAACAAAUAGAGAUCAACACGUUUGCUGCCAGUUUUGGAGGGCUCUCUUCACGAACUCCAGCCGUGCACAGACACAUCCUGAAGGUGGCAGGACGGCCCGAGGAGAGCCGGCAGAUCCUGGACAACAACCCUGCAGCUGGACUGGCCAGGGCUGUGGCUAAAACCUGGGAACUCUACGGAUCUGAGAGAGCAUUUGUCAUGUUUUUGGUGGAAGAGGUCCAGAGGAACAUCUUUGAUCAGCGAUACAUUGAGAGUGAACUGUGGAGGAGAAAUAUUCCCACAAUCAGGAAGCGCUUCGACGACGUUUGCAGAUCGGGAUCACUGGACCAGGACAAGAGGCUGUUCGUGGAUGGAAAGGAGAUCGCUGUGGUGUACUUCAGGAACGGCUACAUGCCGCAGAACUACACGUCUGAACAGUGCUGGGAUGCUCGCCUCAUGAUGGAGCGAUCUCGAGCCGUGAAAUGUCCGGACAUCAGCACCCACUUAGCCGGAACCAAGAAGGUCCAGCAGGUUCUGGCCAGGCCAGGAGUUGUGGAGAAGUUCUUCCCGGAUCAACCUGAAGCGGUGAAACAGAUCCGAGCAACGUUCGCCGGCCUCUACACCCUCGAUAUGGGACCAGAGGGGGACCACACGGUGGAGAUGGCCUUGGCGGACCCAGACCGCUACGUCCUGAAGCCUCAGCGGGAAGGAGGAGGAAACAACAUCUACGGCGCGGAGAUCCGUCAGGUCCUGGAGGGCCUGAAGGACGCCACGCAGCGCACGGCGUACAUCCUGAUGGACAAAAUCAACCCCGCCCCCGUCCAGAACUACCUGUUGAGGCGGGACGGCCCUCUGACCAUCAACAACUGCCUGAGUGAGCUGGGGGCGUUUGGAGCGUAUGUGAGACACGGCGCAGACAUGGUCAUGAACGAGUGUGUGGGUCACCUGCUGAGAACCAAGAGCUCGGAGCACUCCGACGGGGGCGUGGCAGCGGGCGUGGCCGUCCUGGACAAUCCUCUGCUGGUCUGAAGGCGACGGACGUCUCUGCUGCCUGAAUGUGGGUCGGAUCGACCACUGGGAGAGAUCAGGAAUGUUCCUCAUCACUGGGAUGUCUGGAUCAGUAAUAAUGAUGUGAUGCAGCACUUUAAGUUAAAUCAGUAGAAGCUGCAUUUAGAGGCUGUGAGGGAGAAAUCUUAAGAAGUUUGUUUGGUUUAAAGUUAUCUUAAAAUUCACAUUUACAAUCAGCACAUUUUGAUUUUUUUUUUCAAUCUGUUUUUCAGAGCUUUCAUUUUGGCUUUAGCAACAAUGGCGCCAUCUUGUGCCUCUGGUGUGACACUACAUGCUCUAAGCUGUGAGCGUGUCUUCAUGCUGACGAGCUGCUGUUCUGUUUGUUCGGUUCUGUUCUGUUCGGUUCUGUUCUGUUCUGUUCGGUUCUUACUGGACCUGCUUAAGCUGGGUCGGUGUUGAAGCUUAGAAUCUACAUCCUUUAAACCAGAAGAAGAGUCCGGGUCAGAACCCUCACAGACGACCUUCCACCUGCUUCUCCUGUUGCUUGUUCUGACCCGUGUUCUCAGAUCCAACUGCAGGUUCUGAGCUGCACAAUGUGUGACUGAAAGUUCAGAUAAACAGUGAAACCUUUAGUUUGAUGUCUUCAGUUGGUAUUUUGUAGCUGUAAUAUCAACACUUCUAUUUAUUAUAAAUGUUUCCACUGAUGCAUCACAGGAACUAGAAGAAGAUGCUGAAUCUUUGAAGGAUGAUGGGAGUUUUUCUGCUGCUGAGGUUUAGCUUUGCUCCUUCUUUCUGAUCUCUUCAGACUUCUGUGGUCCACAGACUCCGGUUCUGCAUUCCUGACUGGACUUCAGUUUCCUGAGAAUUACAAACUUGAACAUUUUAGACGGUUUUGUUUUGUCUUGUGAAGAAAUUCUCCCAGAUUGUAUUUUAUUUUUUUAAAGAGGAGAAAACAAUCAUUUCAAUCAUUCUUUCAGUCCCGAAUAUUAUAUAUUUUAUCAAGGGCAAAUUUAAGAAAAUCAGAAAACUAGUGAAACAUUUAAGAGUAAUCAGGUUAAAAAUGACUUUUUAUACAUAAAAGAACAUUUAUUGUUUUGAAUGAAAAUCAUUUUUUUAUAAUCUAAAAAGCACAAAAUAAAAUGAUCUUCUCAAAUUCAGUAUUUGUUUGUAACAAAAUGUAGUAUUUGCUAUUUUUUGUUAAAAAACAGCUUCUAAUUGUUAAAAAUAAAGGUUGUGUCUGGUUUCUCUUUGGUUUAAAUGAAAAAAACUUAAAAUUUAAAGGACAAUUUUGGUGAAAACAUCCAGAAGUUGAGCUGAAAUGUUUGUGUGGACCAAAAAUAAAGACAUUUCUCUAAAG